UCAGUUCAUCUUCGCUGCCAAGUGUUUCAUUCGUUUCCAGAGUCCGAAGUGCAGACUUUGAGGGCAAAGAGAAUAGCUAAACCUAGAAGCGUGCAAAGAGAAGUUCUCAUUUAUACGAAGCUUUUGAUGUGAUCCUCUCUUUCGAGGUCCGGUAGAACAUCUGCUAGGGUAUUUACCAAUGGAAAUUGCAUCCGAAGGGGGGCCAGGAGAGAACCAUGGAGCUUUGGAGGAUGGAACAACCGAAGAGAAUUCUUCGAGCACUGUUCUCGAUCUCACCAGUUGCCAGCUUCAUGACCUAGAUGGCGUUGAGCUUCUUCAGAGCUUAGUCGAGUUGGAUUUAACCGCCAAUCGAUUAUCGGUCUUGGAUCCUCGAAUAAGUCUCCUCUCGCGGCUUAAAAAGCUCUCUUUGCGCCAAAAUCUCUUCGAGGACGCGGGAAUCGAGCCAAUUUCUGGAUGGGAUUCGCUAUCGGGCCUUGAGGAGCUGGUGCUCAGGGAUAAUAAACUAACGAAAAUACCAGAUGCUAGCAUUUUCAAGAGCCUCCUGGUAUUUGAUGUUUCUUUCAAUGAGAUUUCUUCCUUGAGUGGUUUGUCGAAGGUAUCAAACACACUCAAGGAGCUCUAUGUUUCGAAGAAUGAGGUGACUAAGAUGGAGGAGCUUGAUCACUUACAUGAACUGCAAAUUCUUGAACUUGGUUCCAACAGAUUACGGGUAAUGGAAAAUUUGCAAACCUUAACACUUCUGCAAGAGCUGUGGCUGGGACGGAAUCGCAUCAAAGUAGUUGACCUGUGUGGAUUACAAUGCAUCAAGAAGAUUAGCUUACAGAGCAACCGUUUGACCUCUAUGUUGGGAUUUCAGGAAUGUGUUGCUCUAGAAGAACUAUACUUGAGCCAUAAUGGCAUUGCAAAGAUGGAAGGCCUAUCAACAUUAGUAAAUCUCCGUGUUCUAGAUGUUUCAUCAAAUAAAUUAACAGCUGUGAAUGACAUUGAGCACCUUACAAGGUUGGAGGAUCUAUGGCUUAAUGACAACCAAAUCGCAUCAUGUGAGGGCAUGGAAGUGGCUGUUGCCGGUUCUCGGGAGACACUGACUACUAUUUACCUUGAGCACAAUCCAUGUGCAAGUUCUCCAAAUUACACUUCUAGUCUGAGGCAGAUCUUUCCAAAUAUCCAGCAAAUUGAUUCGGAUGUAUUUUCGUAAGAAUCUUGGUGGCUUUGUACUUAACUGGUUGUUCAAAGAGAGGAUGGUAGAAUGCUGAUUGCCUUCAAAGAGAAAUUGAGCAUUGAUGAUGCAAGUUUGUCAUUUUUCCUUAUGGACUUAACCCCUUGAAUGUUCUAUUUGAAUUCUCAAAGCUUGCAGAAAAAUUAUGUAGAUUGUAGGUUAAAAAUUCUAUUUAGUUCUUUCCGAAGGAUACGGUUGAUCAUAGGCAAAGAAACUAGAGCAACUUGAAGGCCAGGGGCUGUGCGAGUGUUCUGUGCUUGUUUUCAUACAUACAUUAAAAAAGAGGGGAAAAACAAAGAAGCCAAGUUUUGAACUUCCUCAACACUCAUGUAUUUGAGCUUGUGCUUGCCAUGUUGCACGUUGUACUUUAUUUAAGCUUUGUUAUUUCUCAUGCAACUGUGAAAAGUGAUGUUUUUGACCUUCAUAUGAUUUAUUUGGAUCUUGUUUCUUUGUACAA